AUGGACGUUGCGCAGGUGAAGGCGAUACUGAACGCCCGUCAUCCGGAUAUUGUGCGUGUUUUUCAAGACAAUGUACCGGAAGUGGGCCUGCGGCAGCUGGACGAUUGCGUCCUCGAGUAUCUGUUGAAGAUGCUUGAGGGGCAGAUGAAUCCUGCGUCGUACCUGCCGGAGGAGACUAUUCGUCGCACACUCAAGCUGUACCUCGCCGAGUUCGCCGUUUGCUCCAGUGAAGACGCCCUGAACAUGGCUGUGGGGGCGAUUUGCCGUGAGAUGGAGGCAAGCGGGCUGGCACAGAAGCCAAAGGAGGACGUAAGUCGUCUGGUGAACGCGGUGAGUAUUGGGCGGCAGUACGAGGAAAACCUGAAGAAGGCGACAAUGAUAAAUAAAGUUGGCAAGGUUGCAAUAAUAAAUACAAAUGCAGAUUGGACGUGGGAGACAAAACGCAACGCAGCAAAGGAGACCCGCCGGAAAAGAAGGGAAGAAGAGAAGAAAUCGAUUAUGGCCGAAGAAUACGAGGAGUUCUUGCGCAAGCGUGGUAUUGCAAGUACCACAACCAUCGUGAAGCUGCACCACAAAAACGAGGGGGGAUCACACUCCUGUGACAUUCGUUGUGAAAACAUUCAUAUUCACAUGGGAAAACACGUUCUACUUGACAACACAAAUCUUACAAUUCUUACUGGCCACAAGUAUGGUCUUAUUGGACGAAAUGGGACGGGUAAGACGACGCUUCUGCGCGCUCUCACCGAGCGAGAGUUGGAGGGUGUUAGCCCCUUUGUGCAGAUUUUGCAUGUGGAACAGGAGGUGGUGGCGGGCAACGAAACACCAUUGCAGGUCAUUCUUGCUGCGGAUGUUGAACGUGAGCAGCUGUUGCGAGAAGAGCAGGAGCUGUUAAAGAGAAACGAUGAUGGGGCAAGCACGCGAUUGAAAGACGUUUAUGAACGUCUUGAUGCAAUUGAGGCUCACAGUGCCGAGGCCCGUGCGGCAUCCAUUUUAAAUGGCUUAAGCUUCACGCGUGAGAUGAUGACAUCUCCCACAAGAAAUCUUUCAGGCGGUUGGCGCAUGCGAGUGGCGUUGGCACGCGCCUUAUUUGUGGAGCCGGACAUCCUCCUCCUGGAUGAGCCGACGAACCACUUGGAUCUCUUUGCCGUUUUGUGGCUGGAACACUUUCUAAAAGACUGGCGCGGCACACUUGUGGUAGUAUCGCACUCUCGCUCCUUUUUGAAUAACAUCUGCCAGGAGAUUAUUCACCUUGAUGACAGGCAGCUGCAUUACUACACGGGCAACUACGAGCAGUUUGAGUUGACACGGGUGGAGCAGCUGCGACAACAGCAGAAGAGUCACGAGGCACAGGAACGGCAACGUGCACACAUGCAAAAGUUUAUAGAUCGCUUCCGGUACAACGCGAAUCGUGCCAAGAUGGCUCAAUCCCGCAUUAAGAUGCUUGAACGCAUGGAGGUUGUGGCAGCAGUGAAGUUUGAUCCACAGUUUUCUUUCAAAUUUCCCGAGCCUGAACUGGUGCCUGGUGCGUACUUGCAGAUGGUGGACUGUGAAUUUGGGUAUAAACCAGGCCAGACGAUUUUCCGUGAUGUCAACUUUGGCCUCGAUGAAAACUCCCGUGUGGGUCUUUUGGGAGCCAACGGCGCGGGGAAGUCGACGUUUAUGAAUGUUUGCUACGGCAAGCUGGAACCACGCCAGGGACAUAUUGUGCGUAACAAAAAAAUUCGUAUAGCACACUUUGCGCAGCACCACCUGGAGGCCCUGUCACCACAACUGUCGUCUGUUGAGUUUAUGCGUUCCAAGUUUCCACACGUGGAAGACCAGCAACUGCGUGCCCAUCUUGGCUCUCUCGGCCUUAGUGGCGAUAAGGCGCUGCAGCCUAUUUACACACUCUCUGGUGGCCAAAAGUCACGUGUUGUGCUGGCGUGGAUCACCUUCACGCGUCCGCACCUGCUCCUGCUGGAUGAGCCCACCAAUCACCUUGACAUUGACACGCUGGAUGCACUCAUUGAGGCAUUGCUGGAGUACAAGGGUGGUCUCCUGGUGAUUUCCCACGACGAACAUUUCAUCACUUCACUCUGUGAUGAGAUAUACGUGUGCGCCAACAAUGGCAUCAAACGCUUCGACGGGGAUUUCAGCGAGUACCGCGAAAUUGUUCUUAGGCAGCUACGCUAA